GCUCUUAACAGCAACGUAGGAACGAAUCGACCAUGAACGCCGUGUUGUGCCUGUUCGCCGCUCUGCUGGGCAGUGCCCUCGCCGUGCACGUCCCCACGUACGGCGUGCCGGUGGGUGCUGGAUACCCCUACGUCCCUGCUGUCACGACGGUGCACGGUGCCCCCGUAGCCGCCGUGCACGGUGUCCACAGCGUGGUGCCGGUCGCUCCCACCGUCCACAACGUCGCCACCCCGUACGGCUACCGCACCACCGGCGUCAGCUACAGCCACAGGGUCGACGCCCACCCGCUGAAGCUGCGCUACGUGUACGGAGUCGCGCCGUACGGCCUCAGCUACGGCUAUGGUCUGAGUCCCUACGGCUACGCUCCAGUCUUGAAGAAGUGAAGAAAUCCCAACUGACCCAAGAGCAACGAGGCCCAUUUCUGGAAUGACCGAAAGAACCCAACGCAAAAAGAAAAUACUUUUGUUCCUGUUGUGAUUGUUGUUUGAUGGCUCCCG